AUGGGUGCUUCAAGCUACGAUGCCGAUGAACUGCGGACAAGAUUCUCCAUCUCUCUGUCCGAGAUGUACAAAAAAGAGGUCCCGCUGUACGGAACUCUGAUGGACAUCGUCAGCCAAGUCGACGGCUCGGUUCUAGCAUCCCAGGGACAGAAUCUACAGCAUCUGCCCGUUAGGCAUCAAAUUGAACGGCAUGGGGCAAUCAGAGUAGGAACUCCUGAAGAGCUACGGGUGAUCAAACGUCUAUUUGCUGUAAUGGGAAUGUAUCCCGUUGGAUAUUACGAUUUGACGGUUGUCGGAUUUCCGUUGCAUUCUACUGCUUUUCGUCCGAUUACUGCGGAGUCGUUGUCAAAGAAUCCGUUUAGAGUAUUCACUACUAAGCUGCGAAGGGACUUGAUUUCUGCGGAUAUACGUGAGAAAGUUGACGAGAUUCUGGCCGCAAGAAAGCUCUUUACACCACGGCUGCUGGAGAUUAUCGGCCAUGCAGAGAAGGGCAGCAUAAGCAAUCAAGACAUCGAUGACUUAAUCCCCGAAGCCCUGAAGAUCUUCAAAUGGCAUUCACAGUCAACGGUCUCAUUCGAAGAUUAUACAAAGCUGAAACACGAGCACCCGGUCAUUGCUGACAUUGUGUGCUUCCCCAGCGCGCACAUCAAUCACCUCACACCCCGAACUCUGGAUAUUGAACUCGUACAAAAGGAAAUGAUCAGCCAAGGCCUGCCGGCAAAGGAUGGAAUAGAAGGACCUCCAAACCGGAGCUGUCCUAUUCUUCUUCGUCAAACGAGCUUCAGAGCUCUGGAGGAGCCUGUCAAUUUCUUCAAUGAGGGCUAUAGCCUGGUUCACAGUACUCAUGCAGCACGUUUUGGGGAGAUUGAGCAACGAGGUGCUGCCGUUACUCCUCAAGGCCGCGCGUUGUACGACAAGUGUCUUCACGAUGCUCACGAGAGGGUAGCAGCCGCUUCCAGCUCUUCUCUUACUUUUGACUCGGCGUUGUCCAGCACAUUCUCGAAAUACCCCGACAAUUGGUCCGAACUAAGGACACAAGGCCUAGUUUACUUCCGUUACAAAGUCAAUAUGGACUAUGACUCUGCCCGUGACAAAGCCAAAGGUCUCCCUUUUCAAAUUCCUAUUGACCGACUACUUGCUCUUGGAGUCGUUGAUUACGAGCCGAUUAUAUACGAAGAUUUCCUCCCUUUCUCGGCUGCUGGUAUUUUCAAGUCUAACCUCUCCGAUAAGCCUGAGAGGCCAUUGGCUAAGAGACCAAAUGCCAGUGCCCAAUCAGCCUUGGAGGAUGCUUUGGGAUGCAAGACAUUGGAUUCAUUUGAUAUCUACCGUCGGCUGCAGCAGGAAAGCAUUCAUGAGUGUGCACAUAUUCUUGGUCUCAAAGAGAUAAUAGUUGAUUGA